AUGGACGAUGGGGAGUUAGAUUAUUCAAACCAAGAAUUGUUUCUGAGUCCGAAUAUGGAUGACAUUCCAAGCAGUUGUUCUUUUGGUUUCUUGGAUGACCUGCUAAUGAACGACACUCAUGCUUGUAGUCAUACACACACAUGCAAUCCUUCUGGUCCUGAUAAACCUCAUACACAUGUUUGUGUUCACUCGCAUACAAGAAUUUUGCCCCCUUCUGAGGACAAGGCUACGAGUGAUGAUACUGCUGAGUCCACGGAGAAAAAGUUGAAGAAACGGCCGUUAGGCAAUAGGGAGGCUGUCCGAAAGUAUAGGGAGAAGAAGAAGGCAAAGGCUGCAUCUUUGGAGGAUGAAGUUAAGCAUUUGCGAGCUUUGAACCAGCAGUUACUUAAGAGGCUGCAAGGACAUGCUGCAUUGGAGGCAGAGGUUGCAAGGCUCAAGUGUUUACUUGUGGACAUCAGGGGGAGGAUCGAAGGGGAGAUUGGAUCUUUUCCAUAUCAGAAAUCGGCCAAUAAUGUGAAUUUGACCAAUUUUCCUGGUCCUCUUGUGAUGAAUCCAUGUAAUAUACAGUGUGAUGGUCAGGUUUCUUGCCAGCGUCCUGGGUUGGAUGGCAAAAGCGGAGAAGGUGCGGCCUUGAAUGGACAAGGUUUUAGCAGUUGUGAAUUUGAGAACCUCCAGUGUAUGGAAUAUCAGAAUUUAGGAAUGAGAGACUCACCUGGGUGUAACCUUGGGAAUGUAGCAAUGAAUGGCAAUUCUUCCAGUACAAAUAAGAGGAAAGUUAUAUAUGAGGUCAAGGAGGGCUUGCGGAGAACCAGUAAGUUGAAGAACUGUCAAACUAAGGUCAGCCUUUUCAGUGAGGAUGCAUGUGCUUCAACUAAGUACUUUGUUGAGUGGCAGCAUCAGCUUCAUCAAGAUGCUUUGUUGGGUUUGGUGUUGGGUUACUCUGCUGUAGCUGCCUAG